AUGUAUGUAUAUACAUAUGUGUUCGACAGGUCCAUGACUGUCGCCGAAUAUUUCAAAGCGACUGGCCGCACUCUGCGACGACCAGACUGGCCGUGUGUUGAUGUCGGAGCCCACAGUAGCAAGGUGGUCUACAUACCUCUGGAACAAUGCACGCUCCUGGGUGGCCAACGUCGCCACCAGCUCGACCGCGCACAGACCGCGGACAUGCUUAAGGCGGCCAAGCAGGAGCCGGCGGUCAAGCGGCAAGCCUGCAUCGAUCAGGCUGGCAGGGUGGCAAGCGCUUUGCAGGACGCUCGCACGGAUCAGGCCUGGGGCAUCCGCGCGACCAACGGCAUGAUGCAGAUUCCGGCCCGCGUGUUGCCCCCGCCCAUCCUCCAGUACGGCCAGGGCAAGGCGGUUGCUGUGGGGAAUACGGGGGCUUGGAACCUGGUUAUGCAUAUACACCGGCUGAUUGUGUUUGGAUGUAUGUGUGCGCGCUGUGUGUGCCGGGGCUGGGGCCGGGGCCGGGGCCGGGGCCGGGGCUUGGGCCGGGGCUUGGGUUGGGGUUGCAGGGACACUCCGUUUGCAGAGCCCGGCAAGAUCCUCUCCUGGGGCGUUGCUGUGCUGAUCUCGCAGCUCGGUGAGUUCGGGGGCGCUGGUAACAUAAUCGCAUUCGUCGACAAGCUUGCGGACGUGAUGAGAGAGCGUGGAAUGACGCUGCCUCGUGACCGUCCGCCAGUGGAGUACAUCCAGAGCUCCGAAACCUGGACAAACCGGGAGGGGGCUAGUCGGGGGAUCGAGGCGACAAUGCGCGCCGCCUUUGAGCGCGGCAAGGCGCAGUACGGCCCUCAGCCACAGCUGCUACUGGUGAUCAUGGCGGAGAAGGUGGUGGUGGCGCGGCAGGCGAAGAUUGGCCCUCGGGGGGCGGGCCACCAGUACCUCAAUAACGUGGUAAUGAAGAUUAAUCUGAAGGUCAAUGGCGUGAAUGUAACACUGGCCGGCGAAUUAAAGUACCUACCGGUGCUGGGGGGCAGCGGGGCGGGGCCUUUCAUGAUCCUGGGAACGGACGUCUCUCACCCAACGGGAUUGGGGCCCCGCCUCGAGGCGACAGCACCUUCCAUUGCGGCGGUUGUGGGGUCUACGGACAAGACCUUGGGGCGCUGGGCCACCCGCGUUAUGGUUCAGGCCGCCCGGCAGGAGGUCAUCUCCGGGCUGGAUGUGGCGGUUGCGGAGAUCAUACAGGAGUUCAUGGACCUGAACAGGGGCCACAAGCCCCAGCGCCUGCUUAUGUAUCGAGAUGGCGUUAGCGAGGGCCAAUUCGACCAAAUCCUGUCGGAAGAAUUCCUCGCGAUACGCAAGGCCUGCUUACGAGUGGAGCGGGGCUACCAGCCCCUCAUCACGUUUGUGGUGGUGCAGAAGAACCACAACACCCGACUCUUCCCAGCGGACCGAAAUGGCCCCGGGGCGGAUCUCAACAAAGCUAAUUACGCACAUUCACGCAGAGGCAACGUGGCUCCGGGUGUGGUUGUGGACGAGGGCAUUGUGGCGCCCGCCGGCUAUGAUUUCUACCUCAACAGCCACGCCGGCCUGCAGGGAACAAAUAAGCCUGCCCACUACCACGUCCUCGUUGACGAAAUCGGCUUCGGGGCUGACGGCAUCCAGCUACUCACGUACUGGAUGUGCUACUUGUUCCAGCGAGCCACCAGCUGCCCACCGGGCUAG